AUGACGGCUGCCCCAUCAACACCAUUUGCCGGACUGUCCCAGGCAGAACUCAAAAUACAGACUGCGAAUGCACACACCAAAAGAUUCGAGGCAAGAUCAGAUGAAGAUGAGCCACCACAAUCAGUGAUUCAUGCUCCUGCAGGUUUUGGUGACUUUUAUCUUCAACCAACUCACUUGGUAAAAACUAAUGCGGAGAAGGCGAAUGGACAAGUACCUUGUAUUGACACUUUUGUACCAUCGGGUGCUAUGAAAACAUACACAUCAAAUGAAGCGAUAACGCCAAUGGCCGAGGCUGAUAGCCCUGUAUCACCUCCUCCAUUGAGUACCUCAAUCGAGCCAGCGAGUGAUUGGUCUGAAAGAGCGACCCCUCGAGCGCAGACACGGCAGGAAUUCGAAGAUCCCCGCAUGGAGUUAUGCUCCAGAACUGUUGAUAUUAGGGCCGAUGAUGUUGCUCGAGGAGGAACGCCCUGGUUAUCAAUGUCCAGUGUCGAGGGCAAGUCAACUCUUUCAGAUGCUGGCUCAAAAAGGUUAUCAAAGGCAAACCUGUCUGACGAGGGAGCAGAGAAUGACGCUCUAACGACAGCCCUAGCAGAGUGCUGGGCUCUGUGCAAUUCAUUGGCCACUCUCAGCUGUUUACACAGUAAAUUUCAAAAAUCUCAUGCCAGCACCCAAGAUGAGGCUUGGACUUUAUGCUGGCGUCUAUGUCAGGAACUAUAUGUCAGCCAGAGCGGAUUUCCAACAUCGAAAGUGAACACCAUCCUCGAUGUUUGCCAUGGCUUCUGUCAAUCCCUAUUUGAAGCUCGUGUCAAAGGAGACGAAGUGACAGAUUCAAUUCUCCGCGUCAGUUUUGAGCUCAGUAACCAUCUCUAUAACACACAUGAUCGGAACUUACCGGAGGCUUUCAGAGAGAGGACUCUGGAAUUUUAUAUAACUUUGUGUCAUCGCUUGAUGAAGCAGAAAGGCCUGGUAUCUGAGAUCGAUUCUCCGCUCUCUGCCUGCUGGUCAUUCGCUGAGAUGCUUUUCACUAUACGUCAAAGUAAAAUGGGGAGCAAGAGGCCCGACGAAGAAGUCCUAGGGUCAGCAGUCCAAGCUUGUUGGGAGCUUUGCGAUGUCUUCAGGAGAGGGUGGGCGCAGCGAAUUGAUCGGGAUUCUGACCGUGGAACGCCACGGCCAAGUCAAGCAAAUUUUCAGCAGGUCAUCGAACACGUCAAUGAUUCUCAAUCGAACGGCUGUGACGACAUCCUGGGGCAGUCGAGAAACCCCGAGACUCCAACCACUGUUUUCGAUGAUACUGCAACGAUAUCACCAGAUGAAGCACCUCUUCAGAACAUCUUUGUCUUGGGCCAAAGCUCCAUUCAAGCACCGCACACUGCUUGGUCAUCCAACUCAUCGGCUACCUCUGGACAAUCACAAUCAUCGGAGCAAAGCUCGUCCACCAAAACAAUAACUACUCUUUCAGGGGAAUUGAACUUGGUGAUCAUAAAAAUAUUGGUUACGAAGGCUGCGAUAAAUAGCGGGUAUCAGCGUUCUGGGUCGCAGAGUUUCUCAUCAUUCGUCAAAUCACUUUCCUCCGAUGCAUUUGGGUCCACACCUUGGCAGAUCUCACUUCUGAAGAAUUAUAAGCGGUUGGUAGCGUUUGACCCCAUUUUCAAAGGUGCCAGUUCUCACGCACGCGCAAGUGCCAUUGAUGUAGCGCAGGCCGUUCGGCUUGUCGCACAUGAUGGGCAAUAUCCAUGGCUGCCGGACCUUUACCGCUUGGUCUUUGGGUUCCACACGGAUGAGGCUUUAACCCGGAAAGAGAUGAUACUCCAAAUAUGA